AUGUUGGUUCGUAAGGUCCCGGUCCUGGCACCAGUCAACAACCCCGAAUUUGGUGCUAGUGACAGCAGCCCGUCAACUCACGCCCCCCUCCUCGAUUAUUUCCCGCCCACCCGCGAAGCACGAAUCCGCUGUCACCAAAGUGCGACUUCCUCUCCGAGUCCAGCUGUGGUGCGAAUAAAGACAGUCAUCGAGCUUGGUACGAAGGCAUUCGUCAUCCGGGGCCAGCCUAAUUACAAGACGCAGCCCACCGACUCACCUAAUAUCAGCACCUUGUCAUGUUUCGUUAUCAGUGGUACAUCCAAUUUGAGAGAUGAUCUUGAAGAGCCCAUGUCUCGACCCUAUUUUUUCUCCAAUAGUGGAAUCUUCGGCCCUUGUCGCCUCUUCUCCGACGAUACCGAAUCUUUUGUUUUGAGCACGAUACCAAGUCAAGAAGAUCCUCAAACGUAUCAAACGUUGAACGCCGCUGCAUUUGGGGCAUCGUCGCUCUGUGUUGCAGUUCCUUCGAGAUUCAACUCUUCUAAAGCUGAUCAUACGCCGUUUGCUGGACUGAGAGUUGCAGUCAAAGACUUGUUUCACCUCAAAGGAGUUCAUACGAGAUGUGGAAAUCGGGGUUACCGUAGGCUGCAUGGACCUUCAAGUGCCUUUCCCGAUGAUGUACAGCGUGUCAUCGACCUUGGAGGGGUCAUUGUUGGCAAGACCAAGACUGUUGAGUUUGGAGGGAGCCAAGAGGUUAUUGGCGACUGGUGCGACUACUUUGAUCCCAUGAAUUUCCGUGGUGAUGGAUAUCUCGCUGGACUGGGAGCAGCACCGGAUCAGCUUCAAGCCUAG